UCGGAGUAUAAAACACAACAAAUCAUAAACCCGGCGGAGCAGCAGCGGCCGCGCGCGCCUCCCCUCCCAAUGAGUUCCUAUUUCGUGAACCCCACCUUCCCCGUCACUCUGGCCAGCGGGCAGGAGUCCUUCCUGGGCCAGCUGCCGCUCUACUCGUCCGGCUAUGCGGACCCGCUCAGGCACUACUCGGCGCCCUACGGGCCCGGGCCCGGCCAGGACAAGGGCUUCGCCCCUUCCUCCUACUACCCCCCUGCCGGCGGGGGCUACGGCCGGGCUGCGCCCUGCGAGUACGGCCCGGCGCCGGCUUUCUACCGCGAGAAGGAGUCGGCCUGCGCGCUCUCGGGCGCGGACGAGCCGCCCCCCUUCCACCCCGAGCCGCGGAAGCCGGACUGCGCGCAGGACAAGAGCGUGUUCGGCGACUCGGAGGAGCAGAAGUGCUCCACGCCGGUGUACCCGUGGAUGCAGCGGAUGAAUUCGUGCAACAGUUCGUCCUUCGGGCCCAGUGGCCGGCGAGGCCGCCAGACCUACACGCGCUACCAGACCCUGGAGCUGGAGAAGGAAUUUCACUACAACCGCUACCUGACCCGGCGGCGGCGCAUCGAGAUCGCGCACGCCCUGUGCCUCACCGAGCGCCAGAUCAAGAUCUGGUUCCAGAACCGGCGCAUGAAGUGGAAAAAGGAGAGCAAACUGCUCAGCGCGUCGCAGCUCAGCGCCGAGGAGGAGGAAGAAAAACCGGCCGAGUGAAGGUGCUGGCCAGGGAGGGGGGACGCGAAGGGAGCGGCCAGUGCGGACCCCAGGGCGUCGGAGAGGCCGGCAAGGCUCUGCGGGCGGCGGGGGAGCCAGGGACCGGCUCUGGCCGGCGACAGGCUGGGGGCGGACCCCGCGGCCCUCCCGGACCCCGCCCGCAGAGCCUCGCCGCAGCCGCAGCCUGGGCUCAGGCCGCGUCGCCGAGCCCACCCGCACCCCAGCGCCUCCUCCCUCCCGAGGAAACCGCCUGGGCCUGGUCCGGCCCCGGGUGAGAACUGAGGAUCGGACUCACUUGAUGUUUGCUGGAAGCAGAGUGAAACGCUCUUGUAGGAGUCGCGUCUCAUUUCGUCCAUGUCACCCCCUCUCGACCGUGUGCACGGUUCAAUGGUAGAUUCGCUGCCCCCCCGCAGCAGGGGCCUCCAAGACUCCCUGACCCCAGCCUCGUCGUGUCUCCCGCCCCCUCCCCAAAGCCACUGGAAGGAAGCAGCACAUACUACCUAGAAGUAAGAAGAGGAGCCCGGAAGAAAACAAAGUUCUAUUUUAUUAAUUUUCUAUGUGUCGUGUUUGUAGUCUUGUCUUAGCUCUGGACGUGAAAUACUUCGGUAAUAAUAUUAAUAUUAUUAUUAAUAAUUAUGAUGAUGAUAAUAAUAAUAAUAAAGACCUGAAAACUCCA